AUAUGAAUAUAAUACCUCUAGACUAUCAGGUUUAAUCUAGGGCGCUAAUAUUAGGCAUUGUCACGCCGAGUUGAGUUGUAAAAGUUGCGUCUCGGACUCGCGGGGCGCUAACUUGUGGGAUUAUUUUGCAUGCAGCCCGACAGCGGAGGCUGACUGCGGUGGGAUGGGCUGUGAGGUGUUCAAGAUGGCGGCGCCCUGUGGAGUGCAGCUACUCUAACAGGUAAACAGGUCUGAUUUUUUACAUCUAAUAAUCUUUUCCAACAGCGAAUCUGAACGCACAUGACUUGAUAAACUAAGCACACGCUGUUCGGCUCCAUUCUCCGGUGAUUAAACUUCACUGACAGGCGAGAUGAGUCCCCGACCGAGUGUGGGUCGCUGCUCCCAGCUAACGUUAGCUCUCGGCGGUGGGACUGACUUGUUUUUGGAAAGAGCCAGAGAUGGAUUAAGAAGAUGUUAAUGCUUUAGACAGUAAACCGCAUUUUUCUCCGUGUUUCUGGUGAGGUCUGGAGAGGUUCUCGUUUUGCAUGAGGAAAAAUGCCUGCAUAUUUUUUAUAAUCGGAUAAAGUAAACCCAACCCUGCCCAUUGUUCUCUGCGAGUUGUUUACGACAGGCAGCAGCAGCAGCAGGCAGUGGUCAGUCCACAUACAGCAGAAGCAGCUCCUCUGUGUUUUAGCCUCAGACCUCAGCCUGUCCACCUCUGCACUGCUUUCAAUAUGCAUGUUAAAGAGAGAUAUUAUUGAUGCCUUUGGGUUUUUAUUUGCUAUUUUCAUGUAUAUUUGCAAAAAUGCUUCCUGGCUUCAAAGUCUCUGCUGCAAUCCAACUUCUCUUUAACAGUAUUUUGUGAUUAAUAAGUCAAUCAUUAAUGCCCUGUUGUGAACAGGUUUUCCUCUUUUCCUCUGGAGACAAAGUGGGUCACUCAUUUCACAGCUUGACCCGCUCGACCCCUCUGUCACAUUUUACUGGACUGACCGCCCUCCCUGUCACCGUGCCUAAUGUCUCUCAGUGACAACCCCACUGAAUAUGAAAACAUGGAAAUGUUUUUAGCAGCGCUGUAGCCAGAAGUAAAAAAAAUACUGAGAUCAUGAGGUCAGUUCCCAGGAAACAGAGCCUGACCAGAAGCCAAAUGGUCUCUGAUGUUUACUAGUCAUUGAAAGUUGUCAUACUUUAUCUCUUUAUCUGUAUUUUCUAUAAAUUGGGAAUAAGAAACACUAACAGCUUUGUUCUAUCCAGGCCUCCCAAAAGCUGUCAAAGUUCUUGCUGUAAAUUGUGUAAUAAACUUAAAUAUCAGAACAUAAGAAGAAGAAGAACUUUAUUAAUCCCUGAAGGGAAAUUCAAUUGUCUGUUGUCUCACUUGAUAUGUCUCUAAAGGUUAUCUACUAUUUACACAAGAUUUAUAAAGUCUGAUGGCUGUUGGUACAAAAGAUCUUCUGAAUCUUUCUGUCCUGAAGCAAAUAGAGAGGAGCCCUUUGGCCCGUCAACCUGGUGGCAGAUUCUGAGUCCUGGUCCAACAUUUAUAUCACAAAUAAUACAGUGACACCACUUUUUUGUUUGUUUGUUUACCAAAGAUGUCCUCUUCUUAUUCCAAGUGGAGGACUCAAUCCAGAGUGCAGUGAAGACAUGGGACUCCUGUCAGAGCUCUAGAUGUCUGUUUCAGAGCGAACAGCAGUCAUGUCAUGUUUUCAAUCACCUUGGAUCUUGUCCCAAACUUUGCAGCACAGCUCUGAUAAGCAGCGUCAGAGAUGUAGUGUCACGGCAUAGCAAUGAUCCAAACCCUGUGUUCUCCGACACACAGGUGGACUGUGAGUCUAAAGGGAUGAAUUCAACUUCCGUCUUUGUGCUCUUUUCGCUCUCUCGAGGAUAUUUAUGCUUCCUUUUAAAGAGUUUGUUCCUUUUCUGCAGCAGGCUUGUCCUCAGUUGCUUUGGUGAGUGCGUUGUAUUUUGUUGCAGUCGUUAGGCGUCACAUUAAAUCAGUGAUGUAUCUAAUCAGAUUCACAUUCACAGUACGGUAUACUCUCAAAAAUGUCCAUGUGGAACUCCAGUCCUGCUGAACACACGUGCUUAACCAGCCAGUUCUGAUUCAGUAUAGCUCUACUGUUGUUUUGUGGUUGUUGGACUGUUUUAAAUAUUUCCACACUAAUAUCUUUGCUGCAGGGUUACUAACGCUACUCUAAGACACAAUGAGGAACGCUCUUUACAUACAUAUUACAUGACUGAAAAGAUUUCAUCAGAGACCAGAAAUUGGCAAAUAUUCUACAGAGGUGCGCUCGUUUUGUGCCUCUUUACAGGUGCAACAACAUUUGCUUCUUCUGCCAGUGGUGCCUGGUCAGCUGAUGUAAACGAUCAGGGUGAGGUGAUCAGUGUGAUUUGCAGAUUCCUGAAAGCAUAUGAAUCAAAGCAAAUCUAAACUAUAAAAUGUCCAGCAAGACUCACAACAAAAUAACUGUGAUCUCAACAUAGUCAUGGGUCAGCUUAAGAUGAGCAAGCAGCAAGAGGUGAGUCUUUAAAUUUGAUUUCUCCUAGUCAGCGGCGGAGCUGGACUUAAUGUGGUAUGAAAGACGACUACAAGAGCCAAGAAGGGAGACCAGAAACUCGUAUUUUUGCACCAGACAUUAGGAGAUGCUGUCAGGGACAUGGAGCAGUAAUAAGAUGAGGUCAGUUAUGCAUUGGGAAAUGAAUCCAUUUAAGGCUUUGAAAGGAAAAAUGAGUGUUUCCAAUUUAUGAUUUUGUCUUCAUUUUUUACAUUUUAACAUUCGCAACAUUUGUAACAAUGUAAAAUAGUGGUAAUAGCCUCACUGAGUAGGUAAAAAUAAUUGAUAACGUGAUGGCAGCAAUACCCAACAGUCAUGUCAUUAACUUCCAGCAGCAAAAUGAAGAAAAAAUGUACAUCGCAGGUGUUAAAUAUUUUGGCACAUUUGUUGUAGUUUGUACUGUCCACUGUCUCUUUUCAACUUUAGCUUUCACUAGUUUUUAGAGUUGAAAGUUUCAGAUGAGACAGCAUUUUGACAGCAUAAGUUGUAUUUUUAAAACUUUAUUGAUUCCAACUUCGAUGAAGACUCUACUGUUACCACUUGUCUGUAAGAUCAUUCUGUUUAUUUCAGAAAAAAACCUAGAAUCUUUUGACAAGACAGGACGAUUUGGUUAAUGAAGGCCUUUCUCUCUGAUGCAUCAAUUAUUGUGUCUAAUUGAACUGCCUUAAAAUGUUCACACAGGAGAAAAGGAGCCUGUUGGAAGCUGAAUGCGCGCAGCUAAAUGUAAUUUCCAGUGUCCACAUGGAAGUGUCCGAGCUGCAUAAAGGUUCUUUGUGUGCCCCUGAGCUUUCCCAAGCUGCCUGAGAUCACAGUUAAUUGAUAACAAGGAGACAAUGUGCCGUGACUUCCUGCAGAAUCCAGCCAACAGGGACCUUGUUCAGCGUCUGUCAAGUUGUUUUGAUUUGUUUACAGAGUCAUGUUGACAUGUCUCUGUUUAUCUUACUUUUUCUAGUGAAAUACGGCUGAAUGUCCGGGUUUCUUAUUCAGUCCUACCCGUCUCACUCCUCCUCGCAGCAGCUGUUAUCUUGGUUUUUGUUGCAUGUGACUCUGUUGAAAGAUUCAAUAUUAUGAGGAAGAGUUUGUGGCCUGUAAACCUAUCAAACACAACUCGUAUCUGCUGCAUUCAGACACUAAUCAUCCUCGAUUACGUCGAGUGUUGUGACCUAAGUGCUGAAAGGAGAUCUGAAGAGCUGAUGAGAUCCUCGGUGCUGAUUCAUUACUCCUGUUGGGGACUAAGCUGCUGGGUGCAGACACCUUGACGAUAAUGACCUGCCCAUCAGGAUUAUUUAUGCUUGUUUUUCAGAUGCAGAUUUGCUCCCUGGCCUCUUUUAUUAUAAGAGACUAUCUCAGCGUCUUCUCUGAAUACAUCAGACAUUACAAAAACACGCUUAUAGCAUAAACACUUCAGGGUUUGGUUAUAUACUGGUAACAGGUUUCUUCAGCAGUUAAAUAUAUCCCACAAAUCAAACUCCACUUCAGCCUCUGAUAGCAAAUAGGAAGGUUUGAAGUAGAUGUCUCUUGCUGGGUCAUGUUGGGCUGUAGAUCAUCUAUCUGGAUGUUUAAUACCGUCUUGAUCAGCUUUUGGAAGACGUCAGCUUUAUUCAAGAGUUUAAUCUGUUCUCAGUCUGUCCUCUGUGAUACUGUUUAUGCUUCACUUCUAAUAUUCUCAACUCAUACAGCCUCAGCUUGGUUAGAGAAAAUGGAGAAUCAAGGACUAAAUGAUCCCUAUACUUAGGCGUCUGCAAUAUAUUGAGUAUCAGGGUGUGCAAUAAAAUAGAAGACAGGUCACGUCAGAGGCAGAGCGUGAAAAACAGACAGAUUGGAGUCAUGUGAGUGUCACCUCCCAUUGAUCAUGAAACUAUAUAAACCUCACUGAUAUGAUAUCUGUUAUAUCUUCUCUUCUCAGUGCAGGAUCAUUACAUAUACAAAAAAAUUCAAUGCCCAGUCUGAUUUAAAUGGAUUUUCAUUAAAUGCACUUUUCUAUUGUUUAAAACUCUGUUUCUUUAGAAAGAGUUUGGAGCCUUUGAAAACUAGACCACUGUACAGUAGUCCAGUUACAUGGAUCUAUAACUGUAGCUUAACUGUGCAUACAAAUGUACUGAAUGUCACUGUUGCUCAUUUUAGCAGUUUCCAUUCUGCCAAAAUCGUCCACCUACUUUAUCCCUUUGUUGUUGUCUCCCUCUUCUCUUAUUAUCAGGUGGCAGCUGGCGUUCAAGAUGCAUUAGCUUCCCUACUUUUCCAGUCUAUGUGUUUCAAUCCAUCAGGCUUUUAUUGAUCGUUUGUUAAAUAUCUGUUUUUGAUCAAAUUAAAUCACAAUAAUUGCUGUUAUCACCCAGCCCAGGAUUUUGACUACAUGGACAUUUGCCCAGCUAUUUUCAUAAUUGGACAUUUAACCCUCUCUGUUUACAAAAAACUGCAUGCACACCACUACGCUUUCAGUAAAGUUUUCGUUUACACUAACCCAUAUGCUGACAUGUGGGUACCAGUGUAGCGAGAAGCUCAAGCCCAUGUCAGCCAAUCAGAAUCCCGCGUAGAAGCAGCAACAACAAAGUCCCUUCCCUCUGUCCUGCACACAAUCCGCCGUCGGCUACCCAAAUCUCCAUUUUCCUCCGUUCUUCUCAUGCAGAUGUGCAAAUGGAGUUUUCCAAAAUUUCCACUCUGGCCGGAGUUUUUAAAAAGCUUCAUUUUCAGAGGGGAGUUCUCCGUUUGUGUCUAAACAAAGUGUGCAAACGAUGUUUAAUGUCUCUGUUUUUAGAAAUAACGGGGUACGUAUAAACGGGGCCUUAGAGGUGAAGUAAUACCAUAGACAUGAUUGAGUUCAUAGAGAAGCAUGAGUGUGAAUGUCCCUCUUUUCAUAACCAGCUAAAAACUUUAGAAAAAGUUCAAAACUCUGAAUUGGCAUUAAUAUAAUAAUCAUCUUAUACUAAAGAUUAAAACCCUUCAUGUCCCAAAAGGAAAGAUGUAUUAAAGAUAGAUAUUGAUGGAUUAUUGAUGCUUUUAUUCCAAGCAUUUUUAGGAAAUAGAUUGGCAUGAGUUAGUUAAGAUUAAAGCUAUUCAAAUAUAAAAAUGAACCCAAACAGCGUCAUUUAUCACAAAUUUUAACAGAAAGAAAACAGUAUAAAUUCCAAAAGAAACUCAGUGAUUAAAAACAGAUCAAACCCAAAUCUAACCCUCACACUACCACUACUGCUACUACUACUACUACUACUUCGACUACUACUACUGCUACCAUUCAUCGUUGUGCUUCAUUACUUAAAAAAUAAAUGACUUCACUAUCACACCAACUUCCCUCAACGUUUUUUCUUUCUUAUGAAAUGUGUCAUUUGUCCAUUUAUUAGUCAUGUUACUCCUGCUGUGUUAACCUUUAUUCCUAGUUUCUUGCAAAAGUCUGUUUUUUUUUGGCCAAUUCCUGUGAAUCUGGGCGUACUGUUGUCAUCUGCAGAUGACCACGAGCGCCCGAAUCAAUCUAAAUUUAAGGAAAGGCCAGUUUUCUCAUUAGGAACAUGAUUUAGAUUUUUUCCUAUUAUGAACAAAUAACUUUUGCAAUGCUUCUCAAGACCGAGUCGAUAUAAUCACAUGCCAACUAAUCCUCGGCCAAAGCUUUUCUAAUUCUGAGAAAUGUUUGAAUUUGAUCUGGGUGUUGCAGAGGUGCCUGGAGACUGUAUUGGUGGGUGGCCCCAGGAGUCCUCCAGGCAGGGACGGACACCGUGAGAGAGACGCUGCCCCCACCUCCAGCACUGCCGCCACCAUGGCCAGGGAGCAGCCCAACGUGGGGGACCUCCUCCCACUCCUGGAGACCUCUGACCUCCACCAGCUCGACGAGAUCAGAGGCCUCAUCAACGAGCAGCUGAGUUCUGGUAGGGCGGCUCCUCUUGGUCAACAUCGUUGUUCCGCUUUAAACGAAGUUAAUCUGCUCUGUUGGUAUUUUCAGUAUGGGUGUUACUGCUUCUUCUUUUAACCCACUGACAUGAUCGUCUCUGUUUCCCUGACAGAGCGGGGGUCCAUGCUGCUUAACGGGCUGGUGGAUUACUUUUUAGAAACAAACUCUGCACAGGCCAUGCAUAUCCUGUCCUCAGUCAGAGAGCCACAUGAUAAGGUGAGAAUCAUUACAGUGUUACAGUUUCAUAUCUGUUUUAAGUGACUAAUGUGAGAGUAAAUACAACAAGUCGGCAUCCGUGGCCAAUCGCAGGUGCAAUAGUUUUAAUAUGAUAUUCAAACUGUUGGCUGCAGAGUCCGUGCUUUAAUGCUUGUGAACUGUGUUUUCUCUAGCUUUGCUAUAACUAGCUUCCAUGCACUACCUGCAUUACAUUCCUCACUGAGUCAGCUGUGUUUGUAUUUGUGCCUGUGAGUCUACACUCUAGGAGAGGAGACUCCUCCCCUUUAGUGAAUGUCCACUCACUAAUCUCUGAAUGUAUGUGAUGUUCCUGUCACCUCGGCUUGGUAGCAGAAUGUCUCACAAAACACUGAAAUCACCAAGAAGCAGCAUUUCUGUUCAGCCUGAAUGCAGCUCAAGCACAAAAAACUUCUUUAUGAAGAGGUGAACUGUAAAGCAAGUGUGAAGGGAAAAUCUGAUCUGUUGGUUUCAAAGUCUUGGUGUCACAAAGCUGGCUCUCUUUUAACCUGGUUAGGUCGUCAUGCUUACUCAGUAAGCAAAGCUAACACGGUCUGGCCAGAGUCAUGUUCAGAGUUUCAGCUUUUAAUUGGCUGGAAAGUUGUGGUCGACCAGUAUCACUUUUUUAGAGGGUGAUAACGAUCAGGGCCGCUGAUGGUGGAUAGAAAAUUGUAUUUGACAAAACAGAAGACAAGGCAAGGAAAGUGUAUUUGUAUGGCACCAUUCAUUCACAAGGGAAUUAAGAGUGCUUUUACAGAUGCAAGAAAAUAUAUUGGAAAUGAAAAAAGAGAUGAAAACGAUUAAGAAUCGAUUAGACAAACGUAUAAAUUUCUUCGUCUUUUCCAUGUUUGCAAUAAUUGUCCAUGAAGACUGUUGUUUCCCACACAAACCAAAUAAGUUGCAAGUUUUCAGACUCGGAGCUCCCCAGCACUCAGCCUGAGUCUCAAAGUCUGGACAGGUCCCCAAGACCUCAGUGCACAGUGGGUACCUGACCCGUAGCUCCCAGCCUUUUACCUGUUCUUCCCAUUUCAUUAGUUAGUUAGGCCCCAAUUAGAUUUUCAUGCCCCUGAGAAACAUGGAACAAUUUAUCAGUACUUUCAAAGCUGCUGAAUGAAUUUGGCCAACUUCAUUUGAAUACUCUAAGAUCAAAACCCAGAGAAUAAUCCACUCAGACUCAAGUCAAUUCUAUACCUUUGCACUGUUGACUAACUAAAAGCCAUCUUAGCUGUGCCGACCUUUGAGGGGACAGACAUGCCGCUUUUGUUGCUUGUUGUUGCUCUGUUGCACCGUCCGCUUUUAUUAUCCACCUCUGUCUGAGUGAAAAACGGUUCUCUGAAAGAUGAAUGGAUCCCAGACAGUUACAUAAAGAAAAUGAAGCAUUUGACCUUCCUUUCCAACCGAGGAAGGCUAACUAGCUGAGAAUGUUUUUGGACCUUGUCUGGGUGCUGUGACUGCUGCAUUCAGAGGAACUGUUGUCUGUAGGAGGAGGAAACAACAGCAAAGAAGAAGUGCUGCUCUUUUCGAAAAAUCUUAAUCAGGUGUAACAGCUUGGCAUUCAGAAGCUUGGAAAACUUAUUGGCAUAUUUUCUAAGCGUGGUGGCUACUAGGGGUGGGAAUCUUUUACUGUCUGACGAUUCGAUUCGACUCUUUUUCACAUUUAUUAAGCUUUAAGCAUUUAUCUAUGUAGAUAUCAUGCAGAUAAACCCCUCGUUCUCUACCACACUGUAAGGCCGUAGGUCUUUGGCAAUGAAGCAGGAGAUAGAUUUUUUUUUUUUGCCCGCUCGGAGCUGGCGGAGAGCUUCGUGAUAAUCGAUUUUUGGGACAUUUUGAAUAGAUUCUGAAUAGUAGAAAAUUAGAAUCGCAAUUCUUGUGUGAAUCGAUUUUUUUGGCCCACCCCUGGUGGCUACUAGGACAGCAAAUUUUCAGGCCUAAGUGUGACUUGGUGUAGAAUAAUGCACAGAUUAAUCAGUCCCCUCUAGAAGGGUGGGGAAAGAUUUAAUCUAAAUCAAGUGAAAGACAAAAAUCUCCAGCUGUGGCGUAUGAUUUUGAUGUGAUGUGAUAAGGGGUGUCCCGAUACGAUAUUGAUAUUGGAUAGCGGUCCAAAAUUUGAAUAUCGGAUUAUAUUGGCCUGCUUCUGAAAUCUCCGAUAUCAACACUCCGAUACAAGCAGUCCAUUCCAGACUCUGCCCCAACACCUCUAAGUAGCAGCCCCAGGAUCCAGCAUGUAGAGCCCAAGGGAUCACAACCACAGUGUGUACUAAGGUACUAACAAAGCACCAAGGAGUAGGAGUGACGUCGGCCCUGUGGCAGUAUUUUUCAAUCAAGACAUUGCAGUUUAGUGAAAAACUCGUCAUGCACAAGUUGGUGCCACUAUCGGAUCAAUAUCGGUAUCGGACAAAACUGAAGGCUAUAAUAUCUGUAUCAUAUCGGAGGUAAAAAAGUUGUAUCGGGACACCCCUAGAUUUGAUUAUUGGUGAGAUUUUCUUUGUGGCAUCAUCUAUUCGUCUUAUUAGUCACAACAGUAAUCCGCAUCUGUUGUUGGAUUUGUUGUGUAACUUCAUGUCUGCCGAUUGGCAACUAUGAAAAUUAGGGUAACACUUUCUUUUACGGUACACUUAUUGCCAGGUAAUUAUCAGGUAAUUACCUAUUAACAACAUGAAAUUAUCUGGUAAUUACAUGAUAACUACUAAGUCAAUACUGUCUAGCUACCAGGUAGGUAACCUUCCAUCAUCAUACAAAUUUGAAGCCGAAUUGCUCUGGUAUUUCCAGGAUUUUCUCCGCUUCCUGGAACCACCACUUGCACAGUAGCAAUAUACACAUUCAGCGGGUGAGUCGCUGUGAUAAUGCUCGGCUCAAACAGCUUAUCACUGCACCAUAUCUUUGCAUGCCCAUAGGCUGUAUCAAGUGUCAAUCAUAGAAAAUAAGAACCCCAAAUAGCUUUUGAAAAUGGAGCUGCACAGAAAAAAGAAAAACUAGACAGUAUUGACUUAGUAGUUAUCAUGUAAUUACCAGAUAAUUUUAUGUUGUUACUAGGUAAUUACCUGUUAAUAAGCUGGUAAUAAGUGUACCGUAAAAGAAAGGGUUACCAAAAUUAGCUUUAUGUUAAUGCACCUGUCAUUAAUAAUAAUUAAGUGACUCUCCCUCCCUCUCUUCAUCACAGCACCUUCUGGAUAAGAUGAACGAGUGUAUGACCAAACAGGCCUGCCGGCUGCCCACCCUCACCCUGCUCGGCCAUGUCAUCCGCAAGCAGCCAUCCUGGAUCCACAAAAUCGCCCGUUACCCUCUGCUGCUCUCGCUGCUCAAAUGCCUGAAGGUAACGACCCAGUUAUGACGCAGGGAACACUGAAAGCUCGGUGUUUGGAUGGAUCCUGCUGCUUUAGGGUCACAUUUCUGAAACACUUAUUUUGUAAGGUUUCAUCAAGGUAGACAGGUUGAUAAACAGAAAAUUGAGCCCUUUUCCAAUUUCCCUUUAGUUUUCUCUACACAGUUUAAAUACUAGUAUUCUGGGGGUGUCACUGAGUAUACUGACAUGUAGAAUAAAGCAUAAGCAACACUGUGGAAUUGUGCCUUAUUAAAACCUGAACCGUACAAAUAUUGACCAUAACAUCCAAAUUGUUCAGUUCUCUCCAUAUUUAUCUAAAAUUUAGCAAGUCGACAGGCUAAAGUGGCAUUUAGGCCUUAAUUUUGUUAAGUCUUGACAGGUAAGAAAUACAGCUUUAGGAUUUCAGCAUAUUCCCUGUUUUAGUCUACUUUUUUCUUUCUAAAAAACAGGGAUCACUUCCUCUAAGACAGUCUGUCCUAGAACAGGGAUCUCUCUCUAAAGCUCAUUCUGAUUUCUGUCCUUAUCUUGAGCAAAGGUCUGAGGAUGGAGGGUAUCCUGUGCUGCACAGAAUGUAAAGCUCCUGUAGACACACUUUUUCAUUUGUGAACUUCAGCUUUCUUCAUGAAAACGACUUGUUUUGACUAGUUUUUGCAGUCCCAUAAAAGGUCUCCCAACAGAGCUGUUUCCGACUUACUUUUCCUAAACUUGUUUACAUUUGUCGGAUUUGUCCCCCUCGCAGACAGAUACAGACGUAGUGGUGCUGAUAACGGGAGUGCUGGUGCUCAUCACUCUAUUACCCAUGAUCCCUCAAGCUGGAAAACAACACCUGUGGGAGUAUUUUGACAUCUUUGGCCGCCUGGCAUCUUGGAACCUGAAAAAUCCUGGUAGGAGCUUCCUGUCAUGUUUCAAACACAUCUUUGUAACAGGGACAUUUCUGCACGGGCCGUCCUGGCAGAGUUUUAUACUGAAGUAGUAGAAGGGCUGCUUUUUUUUCACUGGCUGUCUAAUGAUCCACAAACACGGUCUUUUGAGAUGACAAAGAUCUCUGUUCAACCCUCCAUAGGAUUUUGCACUCCUAACAGAUUAUGCAGUUAACUGGUGUGUGAAAAUUUGGACAGGGUGAGGAGGUUUUGGUGGAUAAACUCAGCCAAGACAAACAACAACACUCUGUUCGAUGAUUGUGAAGCUUUCUUGCUGCGUCAGCUCUUUGUGUUGGAUCUAAUCCCGAGGUUCUGCUUUUUUCUUUGGUAUUUUCUCCUCACUCAGGGCAUGUUUCCGAGGUCUAUCUAAUCCACCUCCACGCCAGCGUCUAUUCUCUCUUCCACCGCCUUUAUGGCAUGUACCCGUGCAACUUUGUGUCCUACCUGCGCUCCCAUUACAGCAUGAAGGAGAACAUGGAAACUUUUGAGGAGGUGGUGAAGGUGAGAAGCUUCUCCCUGCUGUGUUUCUUCGUCUUCUUUCUCCUCCUCAGAAGAGGGUUUGUGGUCUACUAACUUUAUAUAAUGAUGUGUUCAACCUUCCCCUCCAGCCGAUGCUUGAACAUGUGCGUAUUCACCCUGAACUGGUGACAGGAACAAAGGACCACGAGCUGGACCCCACCAGGUUAGUCCUGCUGUGCUUUGGCUGUGGAGGGGACUGUUUGAUGUCGAGUCUUUCUCCAUGUCUUGUAUCUCUUUGUAACUGAUGUCGCUUUGUUUUGUUAAAGGUGGAAAAAGUAUGAAAUCCAUGACAUCGUCAUCGAAUGUGCCAAAGUGUCUCUAGACCCCAAGGAGGCCUCCUGUGAGGAGGGCUAUGCCACCAUGCCUGAGAACUUUUACCCCCAAAUUCACCUUCGACCACAAGACUGCACUUCCAGCCCUUACACAGACCUCCACAGCAGCUACGGUCAGAACUCUUUACACACCAAGAACUUCUAAUAGCUUCCUGUUAAAAUAUGGCAGCUUUUUUUUUUGGCUGGAAUAACCUCUUAACAUUCACAUUUCAGAAUUUUUUUAGGGUAAUUUUAAUGAAAUCAUAAGAAAAAAGAAAAACAGAAGGAAUUUUAAGGACCUCUUGUGGAAACCCUGUUUUAAAAGUUCCUAAACACUGGCUUUAUGUUUUCUACAGAAACACACCAAGUGUGUUGACCCGACAUCUUAUUGGUCACGUUUGUUGUGUUAAAUGUUCCCCCGAAUAAACAGCUCUUGUCUCUGAGAACUUGCAGUUGGAAAAAGAAAAUACUUAAAAUAUAAUUCUGAUCAGUACGUACGGAGAUCCAAUCUAGUUCACAUUUUUUAAACUUGAAAUUCAAGAACUUUGGGCUCAUGAACGAACCAUUGAGCCUGGAGGUUCCUUUAGUUUAGUUUAGUUUAGUUUAGUUUAGUUUAGUUUAGUUUAUUUAGCACAUUGAUGAAAACAUACAUAUCAUAUACAUUUAUGGCGCAUACUGUGCAAGGAAAGGAAGAAGCCAUACUGGUUUAUCUGGAAUCCUUUCCUUAAAAGAAAUUAUAAUUAAACAAGAUUAAAGAUCAAGAAAAGAAAAAAAAGAAAAAAAAUCACAAACGAAAGAGUAGUGCAAUAAAGAAAUUAAAAACCAAGAAUUAAGAAAUUAAAAACAAAGAGAUGUGACAUUAUAUGCUGAGUCAUAUUAAUAAUAUCAGCGGUACACAAACGUACUUUGAUGGUCCAAAGUUUUUUGAACAGAACUGAUUCACAGCCAAAACAUAUUAAACUACAUAAAGAAGAGCAAGCACAGCUCUUUUAAGGAAGGCCGGAUGUUAACAAAAGUCUAAAGUUUGGCUUAAUGCAAUGCGGCUGACUUUGGUUAGAAAAAACAAUAUCACUGUGGUAACGCUUCACGCCAAGGGUACAGGAAUUAUCAUGAAUUCAUGCAUGACUGUAGACGUACCUGUGAAGAUGUCAUAACUCAUGAUGACUCACACACAUUAGUUAAUGCAUUAAUUGAUGUAAUAAAUCAUCACAGAGUCACCACUAAUACUGAUAGUCCAUCAGGUAAUUCAAACAUGAGUUAAUGAUAGUUAUCUACCCUUACCGUAAAACGUUGUCCUCCUGGUGGUUAAACCACAACAGAACUUUGUUAGAACUUCUGAAAAUUUAAAUUGAUAUUCCAACAUUGUAAUCUGUUGGAAAAACUAGCAGGACAAAAUCUGCAGACAUGGUGACGUUACAUCACAUUGUGGUGUGUUCAAGGUUGGGUCAGAAAAAUGGCCGUCAGACAAAGGUUAAUAAAAUGUCAUCCUGUCACACUGAGAAAAAGAAAAUGGACGUUCAGUCAUCAAACUGGAAAAAUCCAGUUGCUUUGAAGAUAGAUUUGUUGUCCUAGUUGUAUAAUUUGAAUAUUAUAAAAAUGAAUCAGACCUGUUUAACUUAUAAACACAAGCUCAAACCAGCUUCAAAGAAUUAAUGAAAACUGCUGAUGCCAAGAUCUUCCAAAGCAAAUAUUCGAAUUAAAACCGGUUUAUCUCUCACUUGAAGACAUCACUUUGUCUACAGUAGUUUAGUAAUACAUCUAUUCAUCUUUUUUAACUGUAAUAUAUUAUUAAAGCAAAGUUUAGAAAAGAAAUAGCAAACCGAACAUGAAUGAAAUGAAGUUUUAAGCAAAUUCAAAGUUACAAAAAAAAGCAAAUCAUAGUAAUUUGAGCUCUGCACAGUUGUGUUUUUUAGGAGUCACAAAUCAUUGAUAUCAAGUAUUGUGUAGAUAUCAUGAGUCGGAUGACUAGUAUCAAAUGGUUGCAGGUAUUUUAAAACCUCCUCUACACAUUGAUCAGACUAUUUGUCUUUUUGACAACAGGAAGCUCUUCUUCGACCCCGUUCUCGACUCCAAGGCAGCCACUUCCCCCACCUCUGUCCUUGCCCCCCUUCUCAGGGACACAGUCCUCCCACCGCAGCCCACAGACCUCCAGACGGCAGGUAAGCCCCAUCAAUAAUACCGUCACAAAGCAGUCAGAGUCUUGGUUCGGAUCGGUCUGCGGUGACUGAUCAGAGGGUCAUCAGAGCACUUCAGCCUGAAGCUUCUGUUUGCUGUGAGCGCUUGUACAAGUGCCCGUGUUUACACUCCAUAUAUCACCUGUCAGAUAUCAGGAAUUCAAUUGCUUUCUCCCAAAAUCCACACAAUCCAAGUGGACAGAUGGUUUCUGGGUCAGUAGAGUCCACAGAUUGGCAGAUAGUCGGCCCGAGCUCACGAAAUAACAGGACAUGCCCUUUGUCCCCAUCCUGCCACCUCUUUCUCUAGACAAUCCCGAGGGCUUGUUGCUAUGGAGAUGCCAUCUCCCCCUCCUCUCUGUUACUGGGCCAGCUACCCAAGGGAGGGGUUUGGGUGUUUUUCUGCUCCCUGGGGUCUGUCUGAGGAUUUGUCCAUGUGCAGCACUUCCUUUGACCCAGGCAGACAAAAACUAGAGCACACAGGAGAUCAGCCGUUCAGUGAAAAAAGCACCAAAGAGGCGCAGACGUAUUUGGAUGAAUUAUUAUUAUUAUUAUUAUUAUUAUUAUUAUUAUUAUUAUUAUUAUUAUUAUUAUUAUUAUUAUUAUUAUUAUUAUUAAUUAUUAUUUGUAUAAGGUUGAUUUUAGCGUUGAGCUAUUGUAAUACAUUUAGAGGUUUUAUUCAUGAAGUAAAAAUGAAAAAGAAAAACAAAUCAAGUAUUUAAGUCAUAAUUUCACCCUUACUCACACCCCUCUCUGAUACCAUGGUGGCCAAAUAUAAACUCUUCAGUUCCCAAAAUGGUAAAUCUCAGUAUUCUUGAGGUCCAUCCUGCUCACAGAGCUGGCACAGAAAACAUAAAAGAAUCCGGUGGCAUUGCUUUCAGACCCCACUGCUGCUCUCCGUCUCUUCGGCUGACGUGACGUGACAUGUGUCUUUACUGAAUACUUAUUGGACUCGACAAACGUCAGAAUUUGCCGACCUGUGAGUUUCAGCAGUGUGCUGACUUUGGGUAUAGCAGAGAUACAAGGAUUCAGCCAUCAUGUGCAUAUUGACAUUCAUACAUUUAGCCAUGCGUUCAACCCUAGUAUCAUGUUGUGCGCAAAAACACACCUAUGUAUCCUUAACGCUUUUCAUACUCUCUGCUGAAUUUUGGUCGACAGAUGAAGCCUCUUUGCAAAAAAAAAAAAAAAAAAGUUUAGAAAUUAUAGAAAUGAGGCAAACUGUAACUUAGAUGAAAGAUUUUCAGCUUUUUUGGAUGUAUCCUCUAAUUUUAUGGAACCGUCUCUGUUUCUUUGCAGAACUCCACCUGUGAACUCAACUCUUCCUGUGGGGGGAAGGACCCUCUGUGGAGCCCCUCCUCGUUGUGUGGCAUGGCCACGCCCCCUUCCUCCAGGGGCAUGUCGCCCAACUUGGAGCUCUCCCACAGUGCCUCACACCUUCCCAGCCGCUUCCACUGCACAUCAGGUCAACACUUACAUCAUGCUGCUUUUGCAGGUUUUAGGUUUUGCCGUGGCAAGAACAUAUAGACUAAAAAUCCUGUUUUUUCCUUGACUGAUUUUUUUUUUAUCCUCAUGUAAAGGGGGGAAAGGAACACCUGCCUCCAGCACUCCAGCCACCUCAUCCCCACCUCCCACCCUGUCAGAUGACUUCCCCAUCAUCUCUUUACCUGCCAACACAGUCCAGUCCAGUCCACCAAGAAAGGUACAUCUUCUCUCAUGACUAGUUUUUUACUACAUCUACUCUUUGCUCACUUUCUUGGAAACAAAAAAGUCCUUCAACGUUUUUAUUUCCAUGUUUCAAACUCAGGAACAUACAAAAAAAAUCAAGUCUACCAACCAAUUUAACCAAUUUACUUCAAACUUGAAAAUCUCAUCUAUCUGACAACAGGAGGCACAUUGAUUUAGUGAAAGUGGGUUUACUCAGUGAUUUUGCACGCAGGGUGGAAGCAACAGGAGAGGAGAGAUGGAGUGGUUAUGAUAAGAUCAGUUCUCAGCAGGAGUUUGUUUGGGUUCUUGUCACAUACUUGGGUCAUCAAUGUAAAUAAACGUGACACUAAGUAGUUCUGGUUUUCUUGGCACGCUGAAAUAGUUAAAGAUUUAUUCUCAGCCUUCUCCACAUGUCGUCCUUCUCACACUCAGACUUCAAAUAUAAGUAAAGGUUCUCUGAAAUAGAAUAAACACAAGCAAACCACUCAUUCAUUUUCUGCUUUAUUCAACUAUUACCUCUGUGUAUUUCAAGGAUCGCCGACACGGAGAGACCAACAAGCCUGCACUAGUGAGACAGGAGCCGGUGAAAGAGGCAGAGAGGAGUGCAGAGGCGGCUACAAACAGAGGUUAGUCAUGAUGAGUCUGAGUGUGUGUUAACAACAUGAAUGUCAAAGUAAAGGUCGUCUUAAAGGGAAACAAGCAGCUCAGAGGUGCAUUUUGCAGCGCUCGUUAAGACGUCACACCCACUGUUGUAAACCAGACGUGUCCUCCUCAGAUGCAGGCGCUGCAGAAAACAUCUCCAUGACUUUGACUGAGCUGUCGGUCUUCAUGAAGAAACAGGAGCUGGAGCUUCAGCUGAGAACUGAGAAAGAGAGGGAGGAAGGUGAGUGUCCCGCAUUCAUUUGAAACAGGUUCACAAUAUGAGGGGGCAUAAAGAGGCUGAGUCAUUUUGAAAGUAAAUACGGGAGGAGGUUCAUGUCUCUGUGAAAGACUGUGAGGAAAAAAUGGUUCUACAAUUUCAGAAUUAGGUUCUUCAGUCCCAAACUGCAAAGAACUUGAGAUUUCAUCAUCUGCAGUGCAUAAUUUUGUUAAAAGAUUCAGAGAAUCUGGAGAAAUGUUUCUAUUGAAGAGACAAGGUUUCUGUGAGUGACUCGUUAUUGAAGUACUAGAGUAUGCGCACAUCAAGUCCUCAUUGUUUUUGUGUAUUUUACUUUGUAUUACCUGUGUAAGUGUAAACCAGUCAGCUAAAUUAAACUAAACUGAGAUUGGAUGGCCAUGAUCUUUGGGAACUGUGUAAAAAACAUGCAUGACUCUGGAGUGGAAAUCACUGCAUGGGCUCAAAACCACUCCCCAAAAACAAUCAUCUGUGUCCAAUGUUCUCUGCACCAUCCACAAAUUCAGGUUAAAACUCAGUAAUGCAAAGAGGAAGCCAUUAAUGCAGCAAAUACUAUUGAGAAACAUCAGCAACAUUUUUACAGAGUGUCCCAACGUUUUAGCAGCAGCAGGUGUUGUGAAACACACACACACACACACACACACACACACACACACACACACACACACACACACACACACACACACACACACACACGAAAACCUGUAAGAACACAAAUCCAGACCAAACUGCAUAAACAUGCAUGUUGCAUUGCCAUCAUGCUUUUUCUUAUUCACAUUCUACAGUAGUGUAGAUUUCUCAGUGUAAAAUUUCAUAUUAUGUUGAAGCACUGCAGAAGCAGGAGUGCCACACACACAGACUGGGGCACACACACACUGUGCUGUUCUGCCCUGCCAGCUUCAAGGCUAUUAAUCGCCACCAUCCCUCCUGUUUGGCCUCUCCUACUCCCUCUGAGGGUGGCUCAGCCCUCCGUGGGUUGCACAUUGCAGACAAGGAGUAACAGGGGUGUGAAUGACCUGGGUUGAACUGGCUGUUAUCAUUAAAAAAAGCUUGCAGCAAUUAAGCCCAGAAACUUGAAUCCAUCAGAUCUGUUUUACUGGGAUGACAUUAGGGCUGGGCAAUAAACCAAAAAUUUACAGAUACCAAAAUUUACAACAACAACCAACGUCAUUUUGCCCAUAUCGGUAUAUUCUGUGUCAAAAAAUAAGUAAAAGUUGGUUUUGGAUGUGUGUCGGUAGGCUAUGGUCUCAUGUCCCUUUCUAAAUCAGUUACAUGACUCCACCCCAUACAGUCCGUAACAAAGAGGGAAAGACAGGUGAGGACAUGGAGGAUGGUUUUAAAGUUGUAGCGGCUGAAGUAGACGAAGUUAAUGUGGGAGGGGGUGAGCAGCUUGUGGAGUAGUUAUCAUCCAUUUAUCAUUAUCGAGGUGAACUGCUCGAUAUAUUGUGAUAUUGAUUUGAGGCCAUAUUGCCCAGCCCUAGGUGAUAUAUUUUCUCGUUAAAGCUGUGUGUUUUCAUUCAUUCCAGUUCUAUGUUGAACAUAAACCAGAGAGUUUUGAGUAGAUUGCUCCUCUGAUUGAUUUAAUUCAUUCUCUUGUUGAGCUAAGUGAGCUCAAGCUCCCCCACUUUGACUAAUUAUUCAAGAUGCUAACACAUCCCUCUUUAGAUCCCUCUGUGUUCUGCUAGCUCUGCUCCGUUAUUGGUGUAAAUCCCACUCAAGCCACUUGUGCUAAAAAUAAAUGCAUCUACAGUAUGGUGAACCCACUCUGAUGAAAGCACCUGCCAAAUGGCACAAGCUCUGCUGCUGACGCUCGCUGCUUUCUCUUAAACACUUUCCGUCUCUUGAGGGAAAACACAAGCCCCAAACUUUUGUUUUCUAACUGGUAUAGCAGGUGCCUGGUACUUGUCGUGAAUGCAGAGAUAUUUAAGGACAGACACUGACAUUCAGAACAAACAUGAAGGUUUAACUUUAUCCUCCGUAUAUUGUCUCUGCUGCAGCUGCCAUCACAGAGGAACUCCUGAAGAUCACCGAGGAUAAGCAGGAGCUGUCCGGGCUGAGGGGGUUUGACUCCCCUUUCUAUCACACCACUGAGACUCUGACUGGCUGUCAGGCACAGGUCAAGACCCUCUCCAACAACCAGUCUGCAGGCCCUGUCCAGAACACCCACCAUGCUGAAGCCACUCCAGACAAAGCAGAGAGCACCGUGAAUUCCAGCGGUGUAGGGAGUGAGAGGGGAGGAGGUGGACCAACAGGAGGAGACAGCAGGAGUUCAGCGCUCGGCCUGGAGCAGUCCUGGUCCUUUCAGUCAGGUUUCACCCCCAUCGAUCACCACCUGCACAGGAGCCCCUCCGCCCCAGAAGAUGAAGUAGGCAAGUUUGGGAUGUUCUCUCCAAGCCCGUGCAGUAAGACCCCUGCCCCGGUACCCUAUGAGUCCUUUUUCGACCUGGCCCUGCCUAGAGCAGCCUCGCUUUUUGUGGGCCAGAAGACUUCAGAGGCGGUGCACAAGGCGGCCAUGGAGAGACUGUCACAGUGGGAGGAGGGGCUGGAGGACGGGGAGGAGGAAGGUGUAGUGUCUGCUUCGCCACUGGAGGUGCUGGAUCGCCUUGUUCAGCAGGGGAGCGACGCCCAUGAUAAAGUGCUCAAGAGGUAAUCUGCAAAAACUCUCUCCAAGGGUGCCUUUAUGAACAAAUUUCAAUUUCUGUCUUCAGUUUAUAUCUAGACCUUUUUACAUCAGCACUCUGCUUCAGAUUUGGUGGCCAUGAUACAGGCAUGACUCUGUAGUGGAGGUCCCUGCAUGGCCUCAAAAUACAAUUCACUGCAUCGAAAUUAGGGGUGGGAAUCACUAGUGGCCCCAUGAUACAAUAUUAUCACGAUACUUGGGCCACAAUACUAAAUUAUCACGAUAUUUGGGCCACAAUACCAUAUUAUCACAAUACUUGGGCCACGGUACGAUUUUAUCACGAUACUUGGGCCACGAUACCUUGUUAUCAUGAUACUUUGGCCACAAUACUAAAUUAUCAUGAUACUUUGGCCACAAUACUAAAUUAUCAUGAUACUUUGGCCACGAUACCAUAUUAUCACGAUACUUGGGCCACGAUACCUUGUUAUCAUGAUACUUUGGCCACAAUACUAAAUUAUCAUGAUACUUUGGCCACGAUACCAUAUUAUCACGAUACUUGGGCCACGAUACGUUGUUAUCAUGAUACUUUGGCCACAAUACUAAAUUAUCAUGAUACUUUGGCCACGAUACCAUAUUAUCACGAUACUUGGGCCACGAUACGUUGUUAUCAUGAUACUUUGGCCACAAUACUAAAUUAUCAUGAUACUUUGGCCACGAUACCAUAUUAUCACGAUACUUGGGCCACGAGACCUUGUUAUCAUGAUACUUGGGCCACAAUACUAAAUUAUCCUGAUACCUGGGACACAAUACUAAACUAUCAUGACACUUGAGCCAUAAUACUAAAUUAUCACGAUACUUGGGCCACGAUACAAUUUUAUUGUGAUUUUAAACAUUUUGCAUUACAGUAAGUAUUGCAAUACAAUACAAUACAAUUUUUUAAACUGUUAAGCAUAUUUAGCAUUUGGCUUUCCUUUAUGUUUGUCUUAUUUACGCUGUAUUUUUAUGUAUGUAGCACAUCUAUGAUUUCACCUCUGCCAACCUCACUGGAAAAACAGUUGAUUUUUUUUUUCCAUUAUCAUAGAUUUGACUUUAUAUUCACAAUUAAUUUGAAAAAUCAAUUCUUGGCAAAUGAGACAAUACAAUAUAUAUCACAAAAUAUCGUGAUACAAUGCUGUAUUGAUUUUUUUCUCCCACACCUUGUCUUAAUACUCUUGCACUUAACCUUUAACAAAGUUGUAUUAGUGUCUCAGGUUUUACUUUGCAUCAGGGAGUUGCAGAAGCAAGACUGGCUUCAAAACCUCAUCGGCUGUUCUGUCAUGGUGGCUCUAGUCAGCUCCUUUGACCAAAUCCAUCAGCAGACUGUCACAGAAAUAAUUCCAGAUUAAGAUGUUUGACUUCAUAUCAAGUGUCUUGGGAUAACAUUUGUGAGGAACUGGCGAUUUACAUGCGUAGUGACCGAUGUAUUACUUUUAUUAGGAAGUGUUUCUUUCACUACCAUUGCCACCGUUUUGAGUUUUGUGGCCUAUACUAACAACUUUGCAUGACAGGCAUUUCUUCCAGCUCUGCACUUCUGUGAUAAAAUCAUGAGUUGACCAUCUCUCAAGGCCAGGAGGUGGUUUAGGUGUUUUCAAACCAAUGUUUUAUUUUUAUAGCAGGUGUAGAUAAACACUUUUAUGUGUCCUACUAAUAAAAUGAACAGAUUUAGAGGAUCCUCAAGUUGGGUUGAGGUAUUUGCCCCCAGAGUAUUGGCUGGUCCUCUCUGUGUGUCCGAACCUCCAGUUUAUCAUACUGAAGAAACUCAGGAGUGUUUGGAUGUCCUGUUUGCUGUGCAGAGCUAGCCUGGGUUGUUUCCAGACUGUUACUGCAGCCAAAGGAAACACCCACUUGAGAACAAGUAUGAUAUUGUUCAGAUUUUGCCACCCCCUUACUUUCCCCAUAUUAACACACACAAACACACACUAAUACACACAAACACAUGGUGAGCGGGUUCUCAGAGCCAAUAACACAACAGCAAAAACAGUGUCAGCAAAGUCAGCAUUGGACACAGAGCGGUCUUGCUCUGCUCAACUCAGUAAGCCUUCAGCUGCAGGUUUUACCGUCUAUGUCACGGCAAAGAAUAAAGAAAAAGACAAGAAGCAUAGUUGAGACAAAUCAUUUUCAAACACUUUAACCUUCCUUCUGUGUUAGCUUUUACUACGCACCCACCAUGUUAAGGAUCGGUUAUGACAAUUCUCUAUCAUCCUAUUUGGUUCUCAUCUCUAAGUGACCUUGUUAGGCUUCAUUGUCCAUGAAAAUAUUGCUUGUAAUAUUUUUUGUUGUGGGCCUCUUGGUGUUUCUUUGUCAGUAUACUGCUCACACAGACAUCUAUACUGAAUUGAUCUCACAUGUCUGGACAUGUCUGAUGUUGUUUUUUGUGGAGACAAAAACAAGGCAAAAUAAGAAUUCCUUAAAUCUCACAUGAUUGGAAGAGGAUCUGACUGUCAGUGUAGUUCCUGGCAGUGCACUUAUGAUUUUAAUUUUUGCUCUAAUUAUUGAUUAUCACUCUAACCCGGUCAACAGCGACCCUAACACGACAAGGUGCCAUCAUUUUUAUAAGAGCAUUUUAAAAUUUAGUCAAUUAAAAAUAUAUAUUUUUAUUUAUUUUGUUGAAAUAGAGGUUCCUGACAAAGAGUCUUGAUGCAAAAAAAAAGCUAAUUUAAGUGGUUCUUUUUAGCAUUUAAAAACAAAAACGAGUUGAUGCAGACCCUAACACUGGAGGAGGGUUUAAUAAAGGGGAAAGCUAGCCAAGCUCUGUCAUAAAAGAGUAAGUCCUAGUUUGAGAUGUACAGUGGUUGGUAUAACGUCGCUGGAUUUGAUUUAAGUUCACAUUUGAUCUAAGAACUGGCUAUAUCAUCACAUUCUUCAUAGAGGUAAAGCUUAUUUUGCUCCUUUUUAGUAGGAAGACAGCCCAUGCACUUCUUUAUGCAUUUGUAUUGGUGUAGAUAUUAUUUAUAAGGUGCUGCUCUGGCUCAAAAGCUGCCCCAAGAAAGGAAGAAUAUUAAUGUCCUGGUAAAAAGUCCCACCCUCUGUCUCUAUAGUACUGGUUGUUGUAUAUUGCUCCCCUAAACAAGCUCUUGGAGACCUCACGCGCUGCUGCAGCCUCUCAGCUUUGUGAAGCACACUUAACCAGUUAGUUCGCAUUGAAACAUGCUUUAAACUUCAAACACCGCUCUGAUUGAUGAAUGUAACAUGUUGUUUAUCUCUACCUGAUUGAAUCAAACCAAAAAUGUGUGUUUGGGUUCGUUCAUAAAAAUCAGCCAAUCAAUAACCAGAUACUCUUGCAUUUCCUCAACUCCUUCUGGAAGUAUUCCUCUUCUUGGAUUAUUGGUGCUGUGCAAGUUUUCUAAUAUAAUAUCAUUCAACUGUUGGAUUGACAUGAAUUGCUGUAAGAUAGCUUGGGAUGAAAACAUGCACAUUCCUCUGAAAUGUUUUUCCCUUCUCUUUCACAGAUUACCUUUGCCAAGUAAGUCAGCUGACUGGACGCACUUUGGAGGUAACGCACUCACACACACACACACACUCACUGAUAAAAGAAGCUAUUAUUGAGACUCCAGAUGGAGCAUUAUUUAGGCAUGACUAGUGAUUCGUCACGAGCUCUGAGACAUGAACAUCAUGUUAAAACCGGACCAGACAGGGAAUUUUUUCAGCUGAGGUUUAUCAAACACGCACACAGUUCCCACAGUCACGCCGGACUCGAUCAGCUCAAACAUUCAAAAUCAUCCGUUUAGAGACUUUUUCACCCUUUGUUACCUCCUGCAUGAACUCAGUCUGCCAUGGCAGGAAUCUAAUUUUCUGCAGCUGCAGCUCACAUCAAGAUACAAACACUGUGUGUGUGUUUUUAAAAAACUCUCUGCCAGCUUGUAAUUACAACUCUGGAAUUGAAUCAUCCGCCCUGCCCGGCUGAUAGGAGUCAGGUAGUUUGGAUUGCAUCAACAACAGAACUUUUCUCAGCGCCUGUGGCUGACUGACGUAAACUCUCCGAAGACUGUUUAAGGGUUGGAUCAAAUUUUCCUCUCGAUGUUCCCUCUCUGCUCCCCUCUUUGUUCAUGUUGACAAGUGAAGCUCUGUAUCCAAAGUUCUGCUGGCCAAUAAUAGAGUCCAAGUCAGCUCCAUUUUUUUUAUAUUUUCAAAUAUCUAUCUCAUGUGCUCGCUGCUUUGUCAGAGGAGAAUGUUUCAAGUCUUGUUUGUCUGCUCAUUCACAUCCUACCAGGAAUUUCUAAAGCGAGAACAGUUUGAAUGAUGUUUGGUGUAAAGGGUCAUAAAAAAGUCAAAAGUUUUGAAAUAUGUGUUAGCCUACUCUAAUAUCCCACAGGAAAAUAUUCAGAAAUUGUAUCACAAGUUUCCAUAUGCGUCAUGAUCCAAAUCCAGAUUAUCCAGCAAUAAAAACAAGUUUUGUGUUAUGAAUACAACCUGUUUAAAGGAUUAUCCCACAGCUAGCAGUCAGUGCAUGGGUGGGCAGUGCGCUGGUUUCUAUGCUUUCACCAGUGUCAUACUUGUGGAUUUUGCAGCACCGUCAUCAAUGUUUCAUUCAUACGUUUUGUUUUGAAUUUAGUGCAACAGAUUUGCCUCCAACACUGAUGCAGCCAAGUUAGCAGGUAAAAAAAAAUAGUGUAAUGGAUUGUAGGGUUGUCAAUGAAUAUUCUUAAAAAACAAGAUUCGAAUGUAAAAAAUUUAUAUUUGAAUAUUAAAUAAACAGCUGGAAAAAACGGAGUGGGGAAAAAAAUGAAAAACAAAAGAAAAAAAACAGCGGCUGGUUUUCGGGUGAGCGCACUGUAACGACGGAUCAGGGACAGGUGAUCCCUGAUGCUGUGAGAUUCUACAAAUACCGUCCAUGGCACAUGCAGAGAGAGAUGGUGGGAUGUUUGGAGACAUACUCUGAGAGAGUGGUCUGGACUCCAAAAAACUUUAGAAGCUCCAUUUGGAAAUUUUUCAGAUUUUGGGCAGACAAAAUGCUGAGCGAAAUAGCGUUAUAUGCAAGCUAUGUAAGCUAGAUAUUUAAAUAUGUUUGAAUCUCUGUGUUAUUUUUAGGACAAAUAUUCGAACCCCAUUUUGAAGCAAUUUUGACAGCUCUAAUGGAGUGAUUUGUGGCUGACGACAACUGUACUGCAUCCUGUUCAAAGCAGAGCCACAGCGGCUGCCUCCCACUUGUGAAAGCGUAGAUGUCAGUAUUAUCACUGAAAGUGCAUCGGGGCACAGGAAUCAGAUAAGCUAGUGCCCUUUUCUCUGUAGGUUUGAUGUCCGCAUGAGAUUAAAAUCUCACUUUAAACAGAUCUUCCUUCCUGCUGAAGAGUCUAUUUCAACUGACAAGUCAUUUGUCUUGAGUCUAAACAGUUGGAAAAAGAGGCCUGUGGCUUUUACCUGCAAUCAUUAUAGUGAUUACAACUUUCACCAAAGCUCACUCAAUCAAAUCAAUGAUAAAUACAUUUCAUUGGUGGCAAACUCUUCACAAUAAAAGUCCUUCAUUGUUUUGUUGAAAUUUCUUGAUUUUGAAAAAGCCUUCUCAGGGAAAUGUCAUAUUUUCAUCAACUUAAACUCAGCAUUUAUCUAUUACAUUGUCAUUUAAUUACUUUUGCCUUGCAGUGUCUCACUCUUUAAUAAUAAUUAAUGGUGUGUAAGUGUGUCAGGUGUGUGACCGUGUUAAUUACAUUAUUAUUACCACGGCCUCCCCAGGCUCUGCUCCGAUGGACGAGCUCCACACGCUGCGCAGCCAGCUGCUCCUGCUGCACAACCAGCUGCUGUACGAGCGCUACAAGAGGGAGCAGCACGCCGUCCGCAACCGACGCCUCCUCCGACGCAUCAUCAAUGCCACAGCGCUGGAGGAGCAGAACAACGCUAUGGCAAGUUUGCGCAUACUUAUAAAAACGGUUAUGACUCUGUUUUAGCUUUUAAGAGCUGCUGUAGGUUUGAUCUUGUAUAAAAAAGGUUGUUGUCUCUGUAUGAGGAAAAACAGAAACAAAUACGAUUAUGACUAUUUAUACUGAGAGGUCUGUCAUCACUGCCAGCAGGCUGGUGUUAGACCAGGUCAAUAAUAACAUGCUGCCUCUAAAUGCCUUCGUUUACAAAUCUGCGGUGAGUAAAAUGUUUGACUGUUAAAGGAAAGCAACGUGAGAUUUUUCCCAAAGACUUUAUGAGACUAACAGUUUUAAAUUUGUUAAAGAGAUGCCGCCAUUCAGCCUGGAAACCCCCAGGUCUGAGCCUUGCCUUAUCCAAUUAUUCAAAGAUUUGCAGCAUUAAGUAGAGAAAGUGAGUGUUAAGUUUUGUUUGUAGCCCAGGGUAAUUGUGAGAUUGAUGAAGUCUUCAAACACAUGGUGCUUGGAAAGAAGUCAAAAAGGCUCCUGUCUGUCUCCUGAAAUGAAAUGUAAACAAAGAGGCUAAACACGAAGACAAUCAUGCAGAAAUCAGCUGAAAGAGUUUCAAAUUCCUGCAGAUCUUUGUAAAAUGUUGUUUACAAAUAGAGUGAGUGGAGAAAUAUGUGUUUGCCUCCCUGCUUUCUUCACAGCACCAAGAGCGAAAAUGGCACAAACUGUGUCAAAACAUUUUUCUUGAUAAUGUUUCGGAGCACAGCACAUUUUCUACUAACACUGUGUGUGUGUGUACGUGUUGAUGUGUGCAGAAGGAUCAGCUGAACCUGCAGAGUGUGGACAUCCUGUCUCUGAGGGAGAGUCUGCAGGUGGAGCAGCAGCGGUACAGGCAGCUGUGGGAUGACCGGGAGACGGUGGUGACCCGGCUGCACAGUCAGAUCAGACAGCUGCAGCAGGGACGAGACGACUACUACACUAAGAACCAGGAGCUCCAGGUACACACGCACACAUAAAGUCACGAACACUGACACUGUUGCAACAAGAUUAGGGCUGUCCCGAUACGAUAUUGAUAUUGGAUAUUGGUCCGAUAUCAGUAACGGCCUACAUCUAAAAUCUCUGAUAUCAGCAAUCCAAUACAAACAGUCCAUUCCAGACUCCACUCCGGCACCUCUAUCUAGCAGCGCCUGGAUCCAGCAAGCUGAGCCCACAAAAUCACAACAACUGUGUGUACUAAGGUACUAACAAAGUAGAGAGGAAUAAGAGUGAUGUCGGCCCUGUGUCAGUAUUAUUUGUUUAAGUCUGAAAAAGACAUUGCAGCUGAGUACAAAACUUGUCAUGCACAAUUUUGUGCCAAUAUAUCAGUAAUAUCAGUAUCGCUCAAUAUUGAAGGCUACAAUGUCGGUAUCAUAUCGGAAGUCAAAAAGUUGUAUCGGGACACCCCUAAUUAGGCCAAUAGCGCUAUUUACAUGGGUAAGUAACGCUAAUCAUAAGUCAGUGGGGCCUUAGAAAAGUGCAUUGUGACAACUAUACAGUCACACUGUCAAAGUAAAGGAGGGUAACUCAUGGUAACUGAAGAUACAAGUGAUAUUAGAUUCAUCUCUUACCAGCAAAGACAAUCAUAUAAUGCCAUAUCAAUAUGUUGUCUCUUUCAUUGAGAGUGAAAGUUUGUCUGACUGUACUUAGCUUUCUGAGAUGUAAUUUCACCUUUUUGAAACGUAUUGGUUUUUUCUUGUCUGCAGAGUAAGCUUCAGGAGUGUCAGAAAAAGAUGGACGAAAUGGAGGCGGAGCUUCAGAGGGCCAACAACAAAGUCUGCCACACUGGUCACCUUCUCAACCAGAUGACUAUUAAGGUGAAUAAAUGAGGGGAAAAACCGACUACGAUAGACCAAAAUUUUAAAUACAAUGUGCGUGAUAGUUCAGAUAUGUGAUGUAUAAAAUUAAACAAGAAUUAAAACAAAAACAUUUAAGAAACUAGAAAUGUUCAGUUCAUCAGCAGCUCUUCUCUCUUAAAGCUCUUCAGGAAAACUGAGUUUUUGUGUGUCCUCUCUAUUAACAGUAAUCAGUGAAACUUGGAUCUGAUAUUUUCUUUGCAGUGUGACUUUUAGUCAGCAAGUUCUGCCAAAAGGAGGGAUUAAAACCUUCUUCCUUUUUAUCUUACAUGUCUGGGCAGGUGUUCAGUUCCUGAUGAGGAGAUAAACAAGCCUCUAACAAACACAUAUGGGCUCUGUUAACACAACAUUUUGUCGCUGGCAGCUGACUGCUACAUUUUAAAUCAGCAGGAUUGUUUGUUUUCAGCCCUCAGGCUUGUUUAGUGCUCAAUUCAAAUCAAAAUUUGGACUAAUGGGGGUGCUGUUUCAGAGCAGCGGGCAGGCUUGGGGACAGUUGGGUCAGACUUGGGGAGUAAACGACAGCCCACACCCCCGUCCUUUCCCUGCCAUCUCUCCGCAGACUGUCCCAGAGCUCGGUUGCCUUGGAGAUGAUGGCUCUCCCUCUCUAUUUUUGGGUCAUGGACACAGGGGGUCUGGGUGUUUUUCUGCCUCCUGGGGUUUGUCUGAGGUCUGUUUCCCUCCUCUGACCCAGACAGAACCAAAAUCCUGAUAAACAAGGAGCUUUUGGUUCAGAGAACAGGGGUUUUAAAUCUAUACAGUCUUUUAAAAAUCCCAAUCAAUGGAUGUGAAAGUGACUAAAUAUAAAAUCAGGGACCGAGAGAAAUUUUCUGAUGGUGUUUUCUUGGCUUCAUAGCAAAUGAUUUCCGCUCAGGUUGACACCAAGCGAACCUCUUCCACACAGUCUAGUUAGAGGAGGACAAAAGCUGCCCUUUAAAAAGAUAUGUGUGAUAAAAGCAAGAGGAUCACUCCAGACUAAAUCUAAGGGGGGGUUGUUGUUGAUGUAUUUUCAGAAGUCAAGUUUUGAUUUGUAGUGUAAUGGCUGUUUCGCCCUCCAUUGUCAUUGUUUGUCUCGUGUGUCCUUCAGCUGAGCAACAGUGAGAGCACCCAGCAGCAGAUGAGCUUCCUGAACAAGCAGCUGCUGCUCCUCGGGGAGGCUCAUAAGCUGUCCAUGCAGGAGCUACAGCACGCAGGCGCCGACAAUACGAAGGUACAGUGAAAGCAAGAGAGAGAGAGUGUGUGUGUGUGUAUGUGUGUACUUGACAGGUGGGGAGAACCACAGAGGCAACGUACUGAGGUGUAAAAGGGAUACUAAUUGGGUUUGUUGGGUGUGGAGUCUAACUGUCUAACAGAAGUGUUAAAAAUCUGCCAUAAGUUUCAAAAUAAAAACGGUUACUUUAUAUGAAAAGUAAACCUUAUGGCCAUACGGUUAUAGUAUGCGCAUUUUCUGGUGGUAAUUUAGAUUAUAAUAAGAUAGUAGUUAAAGUGAUCUGAUGUAGAGUCAGGUGUUUAUCGUUGAAAAUAGCACCUACUUUGAUCAUUUUUGAAAUUGCAAGUUUUGGUGAAAAAGAAUCCUUUUUCUUGAAAAUUCUGCAUGUUAAUGACCAUUUUUGACAUUUCCAUUUGUUCAUUUGUUCUACUGUUGAGCUGUGCUUUACCACUAUAUGUUUUUAUUGCUCAUCCAUAUCAAAAAUAAGUAACUUUUUGAGCUGCUCCUUGUUGAUUAGAACUGCUGAUGGUGUUUGUAAUGGUCUUAAAGAGGCUUUCCCCUGCCGUUCCUGUCUUCAUCCCUCCCUCUUUCUUACCUGUCUUUCUCCACUGUGCAGGAGGCCCAGAUGCUUAAGAUGUCGUAUGGGAAAGAGGUGGAGACACUGAGGCAGAGUUUGUUGGUUCAGGGUCAAAAACUGGAGGCAGCACAGCAGAGAGUGGCAGAGCUGGAGACACAUCUCUCCAAAAAAGAACACCUCAUCGUGGAGCAGAAGAAGUUCCUCGAGGAUGUAAAAUGUCAAGCGAGGUGAGUUCUUUAAUUACGCCGUUUUGCAGUUUUUAAAGAAUGCAUACAGAGCUUCUUCAACUUUCUCUUUCUCCUUGUCCCUGUUUUGUGUCCUUGUUUGUAGGGCGGAGCUGCAGGCUUCAGAAAGCAGGUACCAGGCUCAGAGGAGAAUCACUCAGCUGCUGCAAACUGAACUUCUGCAGCUCUACAGCCGAGUGGAGAUGGAGGCUCCAGCCAGCACCGUCAUGAGUUCACCACCAGGGGGCAGAACUGACCCACACACUAGUGCUGACUCCAGGUCAGACUCUCAGACCUCUUAUUAACUUGUCAUUCAAAUGCAUUCAGGAAGAGUUAAUUAUGCCACUAGGAGCGAUUUGAGGUAAGCCUCAACCAACUGAUCACAGACAGUGGGUCUGUAACUUAUUAACCAAUGCUACCAUGGGCAUAGCUUAACUUCUGUACUGAUAGCAGGACUUAAGGAUUUUAAGUGCGCCUUAUAGUCUGAAAAAUAUGGUAUGUUAAAUGGUUAAUGGUAUCUAAACUAUUUCUCACAUACUCGUGUAGUUAGCAUUACAUAUGUUGGACUUGUGUGUUUUUUCGUGACUUGUUGUCUCCUCCACAGUGUCAUGGUGCCAGACAGACCAAGUAAAACUCAUACCAUCGAGGAUGUGGACUCCAGACCACCACGUGACUCUCCUCGGGGCAAUGGCAGCACUUUAUCGCCAGGGCAACCAAAGGCGAGCAACUCUUCCACGGCAACAGCUUACUCCAUCAAUGGCAGCCAGGACUUAGCCCCACCCCUGCUGGUGGAGCCUUCCCCGUCCUGUCCCCACACCAACUCGCUCACACCCCAGCCCCCCUCUGAUGCCCCGCUCACCGUGGGCUCUUACCCCAGUGCCAAGAGCUUCCUGGGCAUGAGGGCACGAGAGCUGUUUCGCAACAAGAGCGAGAGCCAAUGUGAUGAAGAGCAACCGUCUCCACGCCUGGCAGGCCUCGCCCACGGCCUGAAAACUGAGCUCUGCGUGGAGCCGCCCUGCCAGGGUUAUAUCACCCCUGUGAUCCCUGCACCUUCCCCCACCCCUAUCCUGCCUCCCUCUCAAGCUCCUGCCCCUGUACCCACCCCAGCUACCCCUCUCACUGUGGCCACCAAGCAGCCCCCCUCUGAGCCUAAGCAGCGGGCAUCCAGCCAGGAAAGCCCAAGAAGGAAGGCCAUGGCGGGGCAAGGUGUAGGGCGGGGUCACGCUGGGUCAGGUCGUCCCCGGCAACAGCAGCUAAAAAUCAUGGACUAUAAUGAAACACAUCACGAGCACAGUUAGAGACACGGGACUGAGCCGGGAGGCAGAGCUGAGACUGAGAGACUGAAGUUCAACGAUGGAGAAGAGCUACAAAUGAGAAAGAGUAACAUGUCAACAACUCUUUGGAUUCAGUGUUAUAUGUUCCAUUCCUCUGAGUGGACAACAGGAUUUCCCCCAGUGUUGUUCAUCAAUACUUUUUUGUUUUGUUUUUUGUUUUUUUUUAAACUGAUUCAUUCCCCUGAAGAAUUUCAACAAGGUUAGAGGGAAACAAAUUGGAUGUGUUGUUACCAGUGAAUAUGCUAGACUGAUGAAUUUAGUUACGAGUCAGAGACAAAGAUAAGCUGACAGAAUGUAAUUGAAGUUAUCAAUUACUUACAUUGGACACUGUGAAUUUGACUUCCAAAGGGUCAGUUCCUCUAAAAACGCUUGGUUUAGCUGCAAUUAGUCCAAAUUUUGAGUACUGCCUCUGAUACUUUCGCCUUAACAGCUUGUGCAAAAAAAAAAAAAAAGGAUUUUGUUACUGAUGCUCACAGCAUUAAAAAAACUCAUCAGCAACCUGUCCCCUAAAAGUGAAUCCCCUCUUCCUGAUAACUUAACGACUUUGCAGAAGUUUGCUGGAGUUAUUAGGACUGGGUGUCAGGAAAGGAAAACUGCUGAUAAAUUUCACAGGUCAAUUUUAAAUGCUGUAAGCUCCACAAAGAAGUUACUUGUUUCUACAUUGGACUGGCCUUAUCAGCAGGAAUCUCAGAGAUAUCUCAAAACAUGGUCUAGUUAAUACCAGUAUAGGUCAAUUUUCAACAUUUCAGUGAACUGGCCCUUUAGAAUUUGAAAGUUACCACUUUCAAUCAAAACAGGUAUUUAAAACCAACAAGAGAUCAAGUAAAGUUACUUUUGUCAUCACAACAAACUGUAAGGCAAGCUUUGAACGUGGACUGAAAUCUGGUUUUGACAUCAGAGUACAUGUGUAACAAGGGUUAUACCAGAGCAGUGAAAGAGAGAUGAAGUGGUACGUAGAGACUGUUGGUUUCUGUGGGAACCUUAGAGGUUAAAUUUAGUGUUGCUGGACUUGACUGAGAUUUCUAUUGAAGACAGCAUUGACUUCUUGUUGGGAUUAAGUCAGGAGGAGAAUGUGUUUAGUUUGGGAGCAAAUUGGUGAUGCGCUUGAUGGUUCUCAAUAAGGAGAAGAUGCGAGAAGGAAAGCGUGUAAAAUUAGGAAACACAAAAUAUGCAUUUUCAUAAAUCCCAUAUUCUGUUGAUCAUUUUUACUUUUUAUUUAUUAUAAGGCCAUGAAGGGCACUUAAAAAGCGCAUAUCAAAAAUUUUGAUCAAACGUUACAAGUGAGGACCAGCCAAAGUGCCAAGUUUAACAUUUGUGUUCUGCUGUUUCACAUACAGAUAUGGUUAUUUUCAGCAGGUACAACAUGAGGAACAAAACCAAAAACACCCCUUUUUUCAAUUAGGCUCCCAUCCUGCAGGUCUAAUAAGGAGUUUCUUUAUAAUGUCUUAGUAUUAAAAGUUGUCACUCCACACUCGGUAUUGGAAGUGGUUUAAAUCCUGUUGUCCACUGGGAACUCCUGCUGUCACUUCCUUUGCCUCGCUAUCUAAAGCAUGUUCAACAAUCCACUUUAAAUGCCAACAGUAGUAACUACAGCAAACCAAGACAGAAGGUACAAUCAGCACAAACUGAAGAAACCAGGACUCUGACCGGAGCUGGAGAAUCUGGGACAAUAUGGCAAAAAAGGAAGUUCUUAAAGCAGUGGCUUGUGUUUAACUGUGAACAAUAAAGAUCGUCUUCAAUGUUUUGCACUACAA